AUGAAUUGGACAUUCCCAUUCCUCGUCGCUCUGCUCUUCGGAGUCGCUGCAGCGGAGACAUUUGAUGAGGCCAAGAAGAGAGAGGCCUUCGUUUCUAUUUUGUCCCCACUUGCUGCUCGAAAGAGUGCUAGCGCUGAAGACGAAGCGGCGGCUGCUCCAGCGAUACCAGGGACGAUUCCAAUCCACGCCGAUUUCAUUAUGGCAGCAGGCAUUGUUAGCGCUAGGAAGAAAUUAAACUGGAGUUUCGGCGGUGAAACGGAUGCAAAGGCUGUUGUGAAGAGCAAGAUCGACAGGAAGGUGUAUAUCCACCUCCCGAUGACAAAUGAUGGGAAGUCCAAGAUCAGGUGGGACGGCCGAGAAGACCCUGUUCUAGAGGAGGGAGACGGUGCGUUUGUAACUGGUGUACAGGCCGGCGAUGUGCUUGGCUUUAAGAGCAUUAGAGAGGUGGAGGCAGAGGUUAUUGUUUUAGACAGCGACUAA